AUGGUGUCAUGGAAAGGGAUAUACUUUGUACUUACACUAUUCUUGGGAAGUUUUUUUGGAAGUAUAUUCAUGCUGGGUCCUUUUCUACCUUUGAUGUUUAUCUCACCGACCUGGUAUCGCUGGAUCACCGAUUCCAUUGUGGCCACUUGGCUCACGCUCCCAGUGGCCUUGCUGGAAAUGGUGUUUGGUGCCAAGGUGGUUGUCACUGGUGAUGGAUUUGUUCCUGGAGAAAGGAGUGUCAUUAUCAUGAACCAUCGCACACGAAUGGACUGGAUGUUCCUGUGGAACUGCCUGCUGCGAUACAGCUACCUCAGACUUGAAAAAAUCUGUCUCAAAAGCAGUCUCAAAAGCAUUCCGGGAUUCGGCUGGGCGAUGCAAGUUGCUGCCUUUAUUUUCAUUCAGAGAAAGUGGGAAAAUGACAAGAGUCACUUUGAAAAAAUGCUGGAUUAUUUCUGUGACAUUCGUGAACCACUGCAACUCCUCAUCUUUCCAGAAGGAACUGAUCUCACAGCCAGCACCAAAGCUCGCAGUAAUGAAUUUGCUGAGAAGAAUGGACUUCAAAAAUAUGAGUACGUCUUACAUCCGCGGACUACCGGCUUCACUUUUGUGGUUGAGCGUCUAAGGGAAGGUGACAAUCUCGAUGCUAUCCAUGACAUAACUGUGGCAUACCCCCAAAACAUUCCUCAGACAGAGAAGCACCUUUUGAAUGGAAACUUCCCAAAGGAGAUUCACUUCCAUGUCCAGAGAUAUCCCAUAGAGACGGUCCCCACUUCUAAGGAGGAGCUGCAGCUUUGGUGCCGGAAACGUUGGGAAGAGAAAGAGGAGAGACUCCGACACUUCUAUGAAGGUGGAAAAUGCUUCAGUGCAACAGGGCAAGGUGUUAUUCCACCGUGUAAAUCUGAGCUCAGGGUCCUCGCGGUCAAGUGCAUCUCGCUCCUGUAUUGGACGGUGUUCCCGCUGGGUAUGCUUGCACUGCUGUACCUCUACAGCUUUGCACAAUGGUAUUUUGCAGCCAUGAUCAUCGUUUUUGUUGUGCAGCAAAAGAUAUUUGGUGGGCUGGAAUUAAUUGAACUCGCUUGCCAUCGAUAUUUUAGAAAGCAACAGAAAAUUCAUGACAUGAAAGUAAAAAACAAUUAGUUCUGGGGUAGAGAAAGACAUAAAAAUGGGUGGUUUUGAGAUGUCCUGCAAAUUUUAUGCACAGGGAAGAAUUUUUGCAUGAGAAUUGUCUUUUCCUGUUGCCAUUGUUAGACAUUUGCACUUGAUUCUGUGAAGAGAAAGAAAAAUGUUAGUUACUACUACAUGUGAAAAUGGUAGUUUUUAUCUCUGAAUGUAAUUUCAACACUGCUCUUGCAAGCAGCUAGCAACUGCAUUCUGCUGUAAUUAGCAAACGAAUUGCUGGAUUAUUGAACAAUCAUAAGGACAUUAAUAAAUGUGACAUGC